AGUCCUUUAACUGGAAGCGCUGAAAAAGUUCCGAAAAGGCCGGACCAGUCCCAGUUUUUGUGAAAAUACUGCCGGGGCGCUCCCAGGGCCGGGCAGGGGCAGCGCGGGGACUCCACGCUGGAAACAUUGGCGGGCGUCGUCGGGCUUGGUGUUCUUCCCAUCGCUUCCCGUGAAGCCAGCCCCGCGCUGAAACCCCGCGGCAGCCUCCCCCGCCCCGCCCGGCGCCGUCCCGGGGCGGCUCCCUUGGCUCGGCACCGCUCGGUCCCGCCUGCCCGGAGCGCUGGGCUUUCCGCGCCGCCCGCCCGCCGCACCGCAGCCCCAUGUCCGCGCUCCCCGCCGGCGCCGACAUCAAGCGGGCUCUGGAGAACAGCCCCGAGACCAACAUUGAGGAUGAGCUGCCCGACGGGCCACCGCAGCCGCGGCCCAAGAACUACCUGCUCCUCAGCAUCCUCUCCUGCUUCUGUCCCGCCUAUCCCAUCAACAUCGUCGCCUUCGUGUUCGCCGUCAUGGCUCUGAACAGUUACAACCAAGGGGACGUAGAAGGCUCCAAGAGGCUGGGUCGCAAUGCGCUCUGGGUGGCGGUGGCCUCCAUCAUCAUCGGCCUCGUCAUCAUUGGCAUCUACUGCGUGGUUCAAUUCACAACGGUAACAGAGUCCCCAGGUGCUAAUUUUCGGUCUCACAAUCUGGCCAACCGAUCCUUUAACUCUGCAAGGAGGAGACAACAGUCAAUUACUCUUCUACGGUUUGACAGUAAAACAGGUGACCAGAACUAUAUCAAAAGUGACCACAAAUGUCAUUCUGACUUGGGUCUCUGUGGGAAUGCUAUCUGAAGACCAGGACUGCACUUGGAGGAUAUCAACAUGUAAACCUCUGGAGGAGGAAAAAGAAGAGAUGGAAACCAUUCCAGACUGUUAGCUCUGACCCUACAAGUCUGCAGAGGCAUGUUGGUGGCAAAUGAACUGAUAGCCCAGUUAGUUAAUCAGCAUGGCGUGACCAGGUUUCCAAAAUUAUUUAUUUAUAAGACAUCUCAGUACAAAGCCGCGUUUUCUCUUUCACCCUAAUGUAUAAUGAGAUCUUGCCCUUAAAAAAAUCCCUUUUCUUUCUCAUUUCCAUGGAAUGUAUGCUGGAUCCAUGAUGUUCCCUGGCUGACCCCAGCCAAACAAAGCCAAUGUAUCCAGACUGUUUAUAGUGCACAGUGUAAGAUCUGAUGCACAGCCCACUGGAGCUAGUAGGAGAACACCUGUUACUUCUGGUAGAUUUUGGAUCAGGCCAUUAAGGAUUUUUUCAUUACUUUAAAACAGUCUGAACAUGACACAACUGUAACCAUGGGUUUGUGAUUUUAUCCUGCUCUGUGAUUUUAUAAUGCUGUGGGUGCACUCUGACUCAGCAGCUGCUUUCUUUUGUCAUCCUCAGCUUUUAGAACUUUACCUUGGAUUUUUAACCACCUGGGACCGAUUUCAAUCACUUUAUUAUUAAGAGAGACUCUUCUUCCAUAGCAUCCAUGUUUUUCUUAAUGCUUUCUUUUUGUUUUGUUGUCUUUCAUUGUUGCACUCCCUUGACUUAGCUCCAGUCCUGCUUUAAAUUUGUACUGAUCAUAUUCUCCUCUUUAAACUUCACAUAUGUAAAAAGUUCCUAUUUUUUUUAUCUGACAAAAUAUCUUUUUAAACAGAUGUCCUUCAUCCCUUUGUUGUUGUGCUUCUAGCAAGGCACACAGUUUCACUGUGUUCUGCAUUGCUCAUAUGGGUUUUGUUUAGUUCAUCCUCUCAUCUCUAUGACUGGUCUGUGUAUCCCUGCAGUUAGAGAUGGGCAGACUUUUGCACCUUUUCCUAGUUACAGACACACUUCCUGAUCCUAAGACACUACUCAGUGAGCAGCCUCAAGUUCCAGAAUUGAUGGCCUCUAAACUACUUCAGUUUCUUGAUACCUUAUGAAAAUUUAGCACGGGACAGCUGUUUUUAUUAGCUGGAAACUGUUUCAUAGAACACAAUUGUUUUGUCACACAAAUAUUUCAUGUUAAAAGGAGUAAGCUCUGGUGAGCAUUAAGACGUGGCUGCAUCUUCAGCAGUUGUUGCUCUGUUUGCUUUAUUACCACACCUUCAAGAGAGCUGUGCCAACUUCCACUCCCUCUCCCUGCACUAACAUCAACCUGGAGCAACUGCCCAGAAAUCCAGGGAAUUCUGCAGGUGCAGGUGAGAGAAGAAUCAUCUGCCAGGAGUUCAACUACCUAUUAAAAAAAAAAUUCUCCCAGAAACCUUUACCUGUUAAAGCAUAUGCCUGGAAGUAGCAUGUAUUUUCUGUGCCUUGAUAUUAUAUUUUCAAUGUGCUUUUUCGCUUUCCUUCCCGCCAAAUUUUGUUUUUCAUUGAAGUCAGUGAAGCAUCACUUCUCCUUAAUUACUGCAGUAUUAAACUUCACAAACACUAGUGAAGUCAGUUGAUUUAUUAAACAUUUACACUGAUCAGAUUUGUUCACAUGGGAAUCUUGCCACUGAUUUUGAUGAUCUCAAGAACUGGCUGUUUUGUGAACUCCUCUUUGGUUUUUGAAUACUAUUUUAAUGGUCUGAUAUGUCUUGUGGGACUUUAGUAGCUUGCCUUAUUAUCAGAUAUGUUAGAAAUGUCACUGACAAGUGGAAUAAAAUUACUUUUAAUUCAUGUCCAUUCUGGUAUGUGGGAAGUGUCUUUCCUUAGUUUUGUUGGCUCUUCUACUUGAAAGAGUAAUAUCCCUUUUUCUAAUCCCUUGGACAGUUUCAGAAUAAAGUGAAUCACAGCAAAAGGAGGUUUCCAGAGUUAUGUGAACACCAGAGGACAGGGAUAGGCAACUCAAAGUAUUUUUUUAAACUGCCCAACAAGGGCUGACAUCAAUAGGAGUUAGACACCUGACUUGUUCAGAGGCUUUUGAAAACCAUAGUGGAAAUCUAACUAGCAUUUUGUUCCUCAUAAAUAUCUUUUAAGUCUCGCUCUUAAUAUAAUUGAGAAUUGAGCCAUUGUACCUUCAGUGCUUCUGAAGAUAAAUGUUGCUACCUUACAGUGCUAUUGAUUGGUAUAAAAAUAAAGGCUUUAUAUUAAACCA